CUGGGUAUUAUUGUUGCAGCAUCUUUCAACUUCGACAGAAAAACGAAGACCAGGAUUCUGCGUCAACAGUUCCGAGACGAUGUGGUAGCCUUCAUACGAAUACCCUUUCUCAUGAUGCUUGUAGGAACACUUAUGGUCGAUAUUACAUGUGCCAUAUUUAUACGCACCGAAUUGCAAUCCAUGGAUAGAGAAGCGCCGAUAAGGUACGAUUUGGAUUGCCGAGCGCUCCACAUUUUCGCAAGCCCGUGGAAGCAUUACCUGGAUAUCAAUGGCUAUGCAAGGGGGUACAGAGUGGCGAGGUCUUGGUUUGACGUCUAAGGGUAGAUACAGUUGGUACUGGUGGAUGUUCGGUUCGUUUCGCGAAGGAUAUCUCAAAUUGACCUUGUCCAGCUAAAUU